AUGGCGGUGGCUGGUCCUUACCGGGUCACAGUUCGGACAGUCCAAGGGCCCACCCUGAAACCGGGAUGUGGAACCUGCGCGUCUGGGGUCCCAAGUUGGCGGGCUUGUCUCCUUCCAUCCGGAGGGGACCCCGCCCUCCACUGCCGGCCCCGGCCGGUCUCUGGGCGGCCCCGGCCGCGCUCUCCCCGGUCCUGGCACGCUCAGUCGGCGGGGUCCCCCGCUCGCGUCCGGGGCGGCGGCGGCGGCGGCGGCGGCGGCGGCGGCGCCGGGACAAGACGCACGGGGGAGGAGCGCCCGCCCGCCCGCCGCCGCUCGCGCGCCCAACGGAUCAGGCUGGGGCCGGGAGCUAACUGUUGCAGCCCGCGGGAGCUGGGCGGCGACGCCGAGUCUCCACUCCCGAGAAGUGCCCGAGGGACACGGAGGGGGCGGCCGCGGCGGUCCCGAGAGCAGUCCCUUCCGCCGCUCUCCUCUAGCGCGGGGGCGGGGGCUGAGGGAGCGCGAGCGGCCGCCGCGGUCCGGGCCGUGAGGAGGGACGAGCGAGACGCCAAAGCCAUGCGGUGCCCGCAGCCGCCGGACGGGGCCGCCUCGCCCCCCGAGAGUCUGAGGAACGGCUACGUGAAGAGCUGCGUGAGCCCCCUGCGGCAGGACCCUCCGCGCGGCUUCUUCUUCCACCUCUGCCGCUUCUGCAACGUGGAGCUGCUACUGCCGCCGCCGGCCUCCCCCCAGCAGCCGCGCCGCGGCUCCCCCUCCUCCCGGGCGCGCCUCUCGCUGGGCGCCCUGGCCGCCUUUGUCCUCGCCCUGCUGCUCGGCUCGGGGCCCGGGAGUUGGGCUGCCAGGGCUGCCCGGCUGCGGACCCUGCUGAGCGUUUGCUCCCACAGCCUCAGCCCCCUGUUCAGCAUCGCCUGUGCCUUUUUCUUCCUCACCUGCUUCUUGACCCGGAGCAAGCGGGGCCCCGGGCCGGGCCGGAGCGACGGCGGCUCCUGGUGGCUGCUGGCGCUGCCAGCCUGCUGUUACCUGGUGGACUUCUUGGUGUGGCAGGCAUGGGCUUGGGCUUGGGGGUCCGGAGACGCGGGGGCCCUCGCCGCGGCCCCGCACACGCCCCCGGCGGUGGCGGGCAGGUUGUUCUUGGUGCUGAGCUGCGUGGGCUUGCUGACGCUCGCGCACCCGGCGAGGCUCCGGCACAGCAUCCUGGUGCUGCUCUUCUCCAGCUUCGUUUGGUGGGUCUCCUUCACCGGCCUCGGGUCGCUGCCCGCAGCCCUCAGGCCGCUGCUCUCCUGCCUGGUCGGGGACGCCGGCUGCCUGCUAGCCCUGGGCUUGGAUCACUUCUUUCAGAUCAGGGAAGCCCCUCACCAUCCUCGCUUGGCCAGUGCCUCCGAGGACAAGGUGCCUGUGAUCAGACCCCGCAGGAGGUCCAGCUGCGUGUCGUUCGGAGAAACUUCGGCCGGUUACUCCGGCAGUUGCAAGAUGUUCAGGAGACCUUCGUUGCCUUGCAUUUCCCGAGAACAGAUGAUUCUUUGGGAUUGGGACUUAAAGCAAUGGUAUAAACCUCAUUAUCAGAAUUCUGGAGGUGGAAGUGGAGUGGAUCUUUCAGUGCUAAAUGAGGCUCGCAAUAUGGUGUCAGACCUGCUGAUCGAUCCAACCCUUCCCCCACAAGUCAUUUCCUCCCUGCGGAGUAUCAGUAGUUUGAUGGGUGCUUUCUCAGGUUCCUGUAGGCCAAAGCUUAAUCCUCUCACGCCAUUUCCUGGAUUUUACCCCUGCUCAGAAAUAGAGGACCCAGCUGAGAAAGGAGAUCGAAAACUUCACAAGGGACUAAACAGUAGGAGUAGUUUACCAACUCCACAGCUGAGGAGGAGUUCCGCAACCUCAGGUCUGCCGCCUGUUGAACAGUCUUCAAGGUGGGAACGCAAUAAUGGCAAGAGGCCACACCAAGACUUUGGCAUUUCAAGUCAAGGAUCCUAUCUAAAUGGGCCUUUUAGUUCAAAUCUACUGACAAUCCCGAAGCAAAGGUCAUCUUCUGUAUCCCUAACUCACCAUGUAGGUCUGAGAAGAGCUGGUGCUUUCCCCAGCCUGAGUCCUGUGAAUUCUCCCAGCCAUGGACCAGUGUCUCCUGGCUCCCUAACCAGUCGAUCACACAUAGAAUUUCCUGACACUGCCAAUUUUCUUACUAAGCCAAGUGUUAUUUUACACAGAUCUCUGGGCAGUGCACCCAAUUCACCAGAUAUUUAUCAGCAACUCAGAAAUUCUGAUAGCAGUUUGUGUAACAGCUGUGGACAUCAAAUAUUGAAAUAUGUGUCAACAUCCGAAUCUGAGUCUGGUACAGACUGCCACAGUGGAAAGUCAGGUGACGAAGACAGCACCAUUCCCUCGAAACAAUCAUUCAACUGCACAGAAGCACAAGAAGUGGAAACAGAGAGCAGAGACUACAGAAAAUUAUUUUUGGAAGGUGAUAAUCACCUAACAGAAGAGGCACAGAAUGAACAGCAACCAAAUAUUGAACAGGAAGCAUCACUGGACCUGAUUUUAAUAGAAGAUUAUGAUUCCUUAAUAGAAAAGAUGAGCAACUGGAAUUUUCAAAUAUUUGAAGUUGUAGAAAAAAUGGGAGAGAAAUCAGGAAGGAUCCUUAGUCAGGUUAUGUAUACCUUAUUUCAAGACACUGGCUUAUUGGAAAUAUUUAAAAUCCCCACUCUACAGUUCAUGAACUAUUUUCGUGCAUUGGAGAAUGGCUACCGAGACAUUCCUUAUCAUAAUCGCAUACAUGCCACAGAUGUCCUGCACGCAGUUUGGUAUCUGACAACGCGGCCAGUUCCUGGUUUACAGCAGAUCCACAAUGGCCAUGCAGCAGGCAAUGAAACAGAUUCUGAUGGCAGAAUGAACCCUGGGCAAAUGGCUUACAUUUCUUCAAGGAGCUGCUCUAUUCCAGACGAGAGCUAUGGUUGCCUUUCUUCAAACAUUCCUGCACUGGAAUUGAUGGCUCUCUAUGUGGCAGCCGCCAUGCAUGAUUACGAUCACCCAGGACGGACAAAUGCAUUUCUAGUGGCUACAAAUGCCCCUCAGGCAGUUUUGUACAACGACAGAUCUGUUCUAGAAAAUCAUCAUGCUGCAUCAGCUUGGAAUCUGUAUCUCUCUCGCCCAGAAUACAACUUUCUUCUGAAUCUUGAUCAUGUGGAAUUCAAGCGCUUUCGUUUUUUGGUCAUUGAAGCAAUCCUUGCCACAGAUCUUAAAAAGCAUUUUGAUUUCCUUGCUGAAUUCAACGCCAAGGCCAACGAUGUAAAUAGUAAUGGCAUAGAAUGGAGCAAUGAGAAUGAUCGCCUCUUAGUAUGCCAGGUGUGCAUCAAGCUGGCAGACAUCAAUGGACCAGCGAAAGUUCGGGACUUGCAUUUGAAAUGGACAGAAGGCAUUGUCAAUGAAUUUUAUGAGCAGGGAGAUGAGGAAGCAAACCUCGGUUUGCCCAUCAGUCCCUUCAUGGAUCGUUCUUCGCCUCAGCUAGCAAAACUCCAAGAAUCUUUCAUCACCCACAUCGUGGGUCCUCUGUGUAAUUCCUACGACACGGCUGGCUUGCUGCCGGGUCAGUGGGUGGAAGCAGAAGAGGACGAAGACACUGAGAGUUGUUACGAUGAAGAUGAUGGUGAAGAACUAGAUACAGAUGAGGAAGAAAUAGAAGACAAUCUAAAUCCUAAACCACAGAGGAGGAAAGGCAGACGGCGAAUAUUUUGUCAGCUAAUGCACCACCUCACUGAAAACCACAAGAUAUGGAAGGAAAUGAUAGAGGAAGAAGAGAAAUGUAAAGCUGAUGGGAAUAAACUGCAGGUGGAAAGUCCUUCCUUACCUCAAGCCGAUGACAUUCAGGUCAUUGAAGAAGCAGACGAAGAGGAGGAGAGACAGUUUGAAUAAAAGAAAAGGCAUAUCAGAGAAGCCUGGAGGGCUGUGCCCGGGGUCAGAAAUCCCUGCCUGGCACUCAGGGGACAGACCUGCCACAGACCCUGCCUGCGGGGACAGGCCCAGCUAUUGGGAGAGGCCUCCGCUGCUGUGUGUGCUCACCACACAGACGACACGAGCAUCCUUAGAGCAUGGCUUCCGUCGACUCCUGUUGCGAAGCUCUUCCUUGAAGCCUUUGCUGGUAUACCAGUAGUCUGUCAUAGUAAUGCUUUGCUGGGUAGUAAGCUCUUUGUUUUCAUGAGCGGUAGCUAGAACUAAAAAUUCAAGUGACUUCAGUUUCCAAAGUGGCCAGAAC